ACUCUCAAAAUGGCUCGAACUCUCUCGCCUGGUUGAUUCUCCGUCGAUCGGAGCUGUCAAAGAGAUAUUUUUCGAUCUUGUUUCUUCUUCUUCACGGAUCGUUUAUGUUUGUUGUGAUUAAAGAUUAAUCUGAAGUGGACGCGGUGUGUGCCUUUUUCAGAUACAGUGAAAUUUAUUUGUAGAAUUUGCAUUAUCGUUUGAAUUUUGAAAGAAAAAACAUCAUUUGAUUUUUUUUUCUCGUUGGUUCAUCAGUGACGAAUUGACUAGUGAUAUCGUUUGCAUUUUACCUGAAUUUGUCUAUAACGGAGUAAGAUAAUCGAAAUAUUUUAUGAGAUUUGCUCUGUGUCAUGUUAGAAGGCAUAUUAAGUUGUGCCAUGGUUGAAAAAGACAUGAACACUAUAAAAUAUAAUAAUACAUCAAUCUAGUCUGAUUAAAAGUAAUCGACUAAAUUAUCUAAACCCUUUAUUUCCAUUAAAUUGAUAAAAAAAAUGAAUAUGAUCAUGUAGAAAUUAUUUCCUUUGAAGUAAAAGAUCUAUUUUUGUAAUCUUGCGAAAUUUGAAAUAGCGUUUACAGCUGAAAAUCAAAUAGCUUUAAAGUUCGAAAAAAAAAUCGAGAUAAAAUAUUGAUUGAAACUAGAGGAAUUUUAAGUAUAUUAUUACACACUCCUCUACAGAAAUAAUCUUUAACGAUAAAAGAUAACUCCAUUCCACACUUUUGUGUGAAGCUGGAUAAGUCGUAAUAAAUUGAUUUUUUUCCUAUUAUUUGAGUCUAGUCUCCAAAAUAAAUACAGAAAAAUUUAUUAUCUCAAUCAUUGAUAAGAUGAUCAUCACAACUAUUUUCAGAUUUGGAAAUGCUAUUUAAAUAGCAUUUCGUAUAGAGCAAACCUUUUUUUAACUUUAAAAAUUUGUGAAAUUACAUAUCAAAUUAUUACCUUAAACCGUCUCGUUGGUAUUGUGCAACAAUUAUUUGUAUAAUUGUAAAUACUUAGAUUAUUUACUUGAAUUCAGUAUCAAGGUGGAUCAUAUUGUAAAUAUGACUCCUUACGUUGUUCAAGAAGGUGAUGGCGAAGGACGUAAUAUCCCUCAAAAACCGAAGUCUAUUAUGGUGGGUGCAGCAAACGGUGUUAAUAACGGAGACAUCAACGGUACUGUUAACGGUGCAGUGAACGGCACGGUCAACAGUAGCGUAAAACAGCAUCACGUGAACGGCAAUUCCGUCCAUAUGCCGUCCAAGGAUGAUGAUGCAGUGGAAACUCCGGAUAGUCUACCCUCCCGAUCCUCCGUUUCUGGGAGAAGUAUAAUAGGAAACGGAAAAAACGGGAGAAGCGGAGCUUUGAAAAGGGUAUCUUUUGGAAGCUCCAAGGGCUCCAUGGUCGAGACCUUGGUCUACGACCAUCAGGAAGACCUUUCAGAACUACCUGCUUUCUUGACCACAGCACCAGUCACUAAUGGGGACGAUUCUCGCGUGCAUCCUGCUAAGGUGCGUGUCAAGUUCAUCGAGAGUCAGCAUUUGGCGCAGGUUGCCUGUGCCCCACCCUCACCAGACGUCACGUUGGACUUCGGAUCUGACACCAUGACGUCCCCCGCAUCAGAACAUUCGCCCGACUACCACAGGCAGAUCAGUCACGAGAGUGGUAUAGACAAUCCCUUCAGACCUGACGGUGAGCUGAGUCGAGAGGCAGACACGAUAGUGAGUCUGAUCAAAGAGGGCAAACCCAUUACCCCAGUGAAAGGUGAAGAAACAAGCAUGGACGGCGUUGUUGUGAAUGGCGUGCAUCACGAUCAGAUGGACUCGUUUGUCUCCGGAUCUCCUAAUGGCAAAGAGGUUAAAGAAAUGGCCAUAAUUCCCAACAGCAAUCAGCCCCUGGGAAAAGGGGCUAAUGGCAGCACCCCCAAAGUUGCUACACCGGGCAUAGUGGAGGUACAACGCAGCGUCAUAAUGCCUCCCUCUGACACACCGCAGGUGGAACAAGUGAUUCUCAAGAAAAAGCCAAAGUGCAACUGCUGUGUCAUCCAGUAGAAACCCAUAUUACAUAGUACAUUGGGGGCAAUGUGGAGGAGGACCUCAAAACUGGGUUCCUUGGCUUAAGCUGUAUUUUUCUUCGCUGUAAUGACUUUAUAGAACAGCUAUUGCCGAGGCAUAAUAAAAUUCAGCUCCUUGGGGGUUUGUUACUCAUUUUUAGGCUUAUGCUCUGUGUUCCUUGUGACUAUUGUUCUGGGUCUACGCUUACAUCUAAGCGUUCUAGGGGAACCGAACAUGAAAUAAACAUGGUUGAUUCGAAGCUGACGAUUUUACAUGAAGAGGACGGUGAUUUAUUUUAUAGCCUUUGCUAAGUUUUUCGCUUCUUAAGCCUUCAAGCAUCAUGUUUUAUAAUCUCACUAUGCAAUAUCACAUAGUGUGGUGUGAAAUGUCUUAUGAUAAGAGUUAACUAAUGUGCCUAGUCUUUUGAUGGUCUGUGUCGGAUAUUUGAAUGUCUGUGAUUGGCUGUUGCUGCUAGAAAAUUUCAUUUGUACACAAAUUGUAAGUUUAGUCUUAAAGGUCGAUGUGAAUUUGUAUUAUUGAUGUUUUUGUGAAUAUGCUCUGUGUUAUAAUUAACUUAAAUAUCCAUUUAUUCAUUAUUUAAAAUUGGUACACAGCUCAACAGUUUUAUUUUAAGGGACUGAUGGCUAAAGUUUAGUUUAUUCUACAAAACAAUAAUUUUGAACAUUUCUAAUGACAAUAUUUAACUUUAGUUUAACAUACUUUUACUUAUAAUCUAUUGCGGCUAUUAUUCAUAUCAUGUUUAAUAAAUGCUUAUAUUUAAUACAUAUUUUCGUCGACAUUUGUACUAUUGCUUGUCUUUCAAUGUUAGGUUGAAGCUUUAAAAUUGUCUUAUUAUUUGUGUCUUAAGCCCAAAGAGCAGCUGUGUGUUUUACUAUAAAUAAAUUAUUGAGUUUACAAGACAAUUAUAGUAAAAAAAAAAGUCAACAUAAUUGGAUUGUUGAGUUUUGUCGUACAGUGCAGAAAUGUGAUAUUGCAUAGUGAAAAAAUUAUAAUAAAUCUAGGUUAAGCAGCUUCCAUGGUGUUGGUAUGAGCUGCUAUAAAUAUAAGAAAAUAAAACUAAAAUUUUUUAAAAUACAUCAUACGAUAAUUACGCUUGGAAAAGUUAAAAAGUGUAAUAUUUUUUAUCAAUGAGGCAUUGUAUUUUAAGUGAUUUAAUAAAGUGAUUUUUAAUAUUUUUUGAAUUUUUAAAAAUUAAACGUCAGAAAAUUAUUUUAAAAAUAUUCUGGCAUAUUUCCCUAGAAAAAAAAUAAGAUUUAUUCAUUAGAGUGAUAUGCCAUGCAUUGACUUUACUUGGUAUUAAAACUCUUUUAAAAAUCUUCCCUUUUGGUGACUUCUUUAUUCAUUCCCCAUUUUUUCACUCAUAAUCAUUUAGAUUAGCUGCUUCAGCUCCUGUUAAGUCAAGUGAACUUAUAACUUGUAUUAUAUGAAUGGAACUAUAAAUUGUAACUGAUGCCACCGAAAGUUGCGAAAUUUUAUUUCAUUAUUCUAAAGAAACCAUUUUUAAAAAAAAAUGUAUUUCUUCCUCAUAUUCGAAAAUUGACUUGUAUAUUACAUUUUAAAAACAAAAUGCUUUAAUCUGUGUGAAAGAAAGAAGCGGGUCAUGCUCUAGUGUCUUUUCAUUGUAUAUUUAUAACGCUGCGGACAAUUACUUUAACUUCAACUUCUCCCUUGUCUUUUCAAUGUUUUUUCCCCUAACAAUCUUGAAAGAAGACUUUUUUCUUGCACCUCUCACUUAAUUAGAUAUUUCACCUGUUACCUCCAUACUACUUUAAAAUCAUCUCUAUUGUAUUAAAAUGACCAUAUGUCCAAAAUUAAAUAUUUUAAUGAGUUUAUACAUAAAAUAAAGUUUAACUGAAGUAUACAUGAAGUUGUUUGUCAGUUACAAAUGUUUUUUCAUAACACUAAAAUUGAAAAUUUUGAGUUAAAUUUAGAACCGUUUGUUUCUUUCACACGCAGAUAAGAAAUAUAUAAUUCUAUAUGAUUUAUUAUUUUUAAAACUUUUCAUCAAUUUACUGUCAUUAUAUAAUUGUGUAUAGUAGGAAAUAAUUUUUCAAAAAUUUUCGAUGGUUGAUUUACGCUGUUGUGAAAUAGUUAUUUUAUUAAAAAUGGUGAAACGUGUUAUUCUCAAACUAGUUUUUUCAGAGAUGAACAAUAAUAUAGGAGGAAGAUAUGCACAUUUUAUUUUUCAUAAAGUGUUAAUAUAUAUAUGUGAUCUUGAAAUGGUAGGAAUUAGACAAUGUUAAAACAUUUCUCUUUUCUUGCAGUAAAUAUCUUAUUUGUAGUGAGAUAUUUAUUGAAAGUUGAUCAAAAUUUUAAGUCUACUAUUCAUCUGAUUUUAUGACUAAUUUAUAUUUUAUAUAUUUUAUUUGAAACUUUUUAUUACAUAAAGUAUCAUCCAAUAAAUAAUAAUAGUAAGUAAAUUUUGAUAAUUUAUCAGAUUUAAUACAAGCAGCUGUAUUCCUUGUUUUAGAUAAAUUUUAUUUAAUUUAAGCAGCUGUAUUAUUUAUAGAUCUCAUUACCUAUAUUGUUAUUGUUUACAGUGAGACAAAAAGCUUAUAUAUCAAUUUGAGAAUUUAUUUCUUGUAUAGUUUUAUUUUUUGUUUUUGUAGAUAUGAUUUAAAUUUUAAACUUCUAUUGUUAGUUCCAGUUUUUAAUUUAUUUGGUGCUUUAUUUCGUGAUGGACAUUUAAUAUUGGACAUCGAUAUAAAUUUGUAUUUUUUUUUUAAAAAAGUCCUAUUGUAAUUUUUUGACUACUGAAUAUUUUCAUUGGAAUAUAUUGAACGAUGAAUUUAAAAUUUUGAGUGAACUUUGAAAGCUGUAUAAAGUCUUUGUUUUUGAAAUAGUAAAAACUGUAAAAUAAAGUA